CGUAAGGAUUUUCCGGAUCCUCGCACGCCUCUCUCUACUUCAGCCGGACUGUGCUGCGUCUGAGAGCACCGUCUGGGCAGGAGCAGAAAUGGGUAGAAGCGUCUGGCAGAGUAGGAGACGACGUGAGCGGAGCCAGCAGAGCCCUGCCUUGGGGCAGAGUGACCCUAGUGAGAGGCAAGUGUCCAGGUCCGGAGCCGGUUUGCCCAGUGCUGCUCUGCUGUCGAGUACAAUGCUCUCACACACAUGUGCUCGCCUCUCAGAGGACACCACAGGGACAUCGCAGAGCCCACAAGAUUCCAGCCACCAUGAUGCUGAGGCCCCAUCAACCUCAUCCAGCAGAGCUGGAGAGUCGUCUGCACCAGAACUUCCAGGCUUUUAUUUUGACCCUGAAAAGAACCGCUACUUCCGUUUACUCCCUGGUCAUAACAACUGCAACCCCCUCACGAAGGAGGGCAUCUGCCACAAGGAAAUGGAGAGCAGGAGGCUGCAGCUGCUGCACCAGGAGGACACGCAGAGAAAGAAAAUCACCAGAGUGGGAUUUAACGCAUCCUCCAUCCUACGGAAAAACCAGCUGGGUCUUCUCAACAUAAGCAGUUAUUGCCGUUUGUCCCAUGAGCUGCGGGUGAGCUGCAUGGAGAGGAAAAAGGUAGAGAUUCAGAGCUCAGACCCUUCUGCUCUGGCAAGUGACCGGUUUAACUUCAUCCUGGCAGAUACUAGCAGCGACCGCCUCUUCACAGUGAAUGAUGUCAAAAUUGGAGGCUCCAAGUAUGGCAUCAUCAACCUGCAGGGUCUGAAGGCCCCCACGUUCAAGGUGCACAUGCAUGAGAACCUCUACUUCACCAACAGGAAGGUGAACUCUGUGUGCUGGGCUUCACUCAGUCACUUGGAUUCCCACAUCCUACUGUGCCUCAUGGGCCUUGCAGAGACACCAGGCUGUGCCACCCUGCUCCCAGCAUCACUGUUUGUCAGUACUCACCAAGGUACAGACCAGCCUGGCAUGCUCUGCAGUUUCCGGAUCCCUGGUGCCUGGUCCUGUGCCUGGUCCCAGAACACCCAGGUAGAUAACUGCUUCAGUACAGGUUUGUCUCGGAGGGUCCUGUUGACCAACGUGGUGACAGGACACCGGCAGUCAUAUGGGACCAACAGCGAUGUCUUGGCUCAGCAAUUUGCAAUGAAGACUCCCAUACUGUUUAAUGGCUGUCGUUCUGGGGAGAUCUUUGCCAUUGACCUACGUUCUCCAAGUCAAGCCAAAGGCUGGAAGGCCGCCCACAUUUUCCAUGACUCAGCAGUGACCUCUGUGCGGGUCCUCAAGGAAGAACAAUACCUGAUGGCAUCAGACAUGGCUGGAAAGAUCAAGCUAUGGGACAUGAGGGCCUCUAAAUGUGUGCGGCAGUAUGAAGGUCACGUGAAUGAGUAUGCCUACCUGCCCCUGCAUGUGCACGAGGAGGAAGGAAUUCUGGUGGCAGUGGGCCAAGACUGCUACACAAGAAUCUGGAGCCUCCAUGAUGCCCAGCUGCUCAGAACCAUACCUUCCCCGUCCCCCACCUCCAAGGCCAACAUUCCUAGUGUGGCCUUUUCUCCUCGCCUUGGGGGUCCCCGGGGAUCCCCAGGGCUGCUCAUGGCCGUCCAGCAGGACCUUUACUGUUUCUCCUAUAGCUCAUCCUAUCCAAGCGAUCUGGAGGAAGGCAGGUGGAAGUGAAUGGCAGCUUCCGUUUCUAGUGAGGACUUUUUAAAUGGUGCUUGAUGUAUUCAGAUGGUAUUCUAGCUUGUGGGCAGUGCAAAAUGGUUGACUUGGGGGGCUGGAGUGAUGACUCAGCUGUUCAGAGCAUUGGCUGCUCUUCCAGAGGACCUGGGUUCGACUCCCAGCACCCACAUGGCAGCCCACAACCGUCUUCA